AUGAGGCAGCUGCUCUGGGCUGGCUGCAGCCAACUGCUGCCCCAGGUAGCCAGGCUCUGUGCUCCAAAGCUGUCAGUGACCACUGCAGUGGCCACCCCACGGCACGGCCCGUGGCCUACAGCUCUUCUGGCCACCUCCAGCUCCUCACCCAGUGUCCCCUCGGGGUUCCUCCAGCCUCUGGCUCCGGGCUGCAGGGCCCCUUGCCGCUGGGGCUCACAGUUCAACGUGCCCCCCAGUGCCUUGCUGGUGGCUCGGCCCGUGGGGAUCUGCUCCAUGAUGAGACUGCCCGUGCAGGCGUCGGCGGAGGGACUGGACGCGGCGUUUGUCGGUGUCCCUCUGGACACAGGCACGUCCAACCGGCCAGGAGCCAGGUUCGGCCCACGUCACAUCCGUGCCGAGUCGGCGAUGGUGAGGAAGUGCAACAGCAGCACCGGGGCAGCACCUUUCGACUCCCUGCGGGUGGCUGACAUUGGGGAUGUGAACGUGAACCUCUACAACCUGCCUGACAGCUGCCGCCUCAUCCGAGAGUCCUACCAGGACAUCGUGGCCUCUGGCUGUGUGCCCCUCACCUUGGGUGGAGAUCACACCAUAACAUACCCCAUCCUGCAGGCCCUGGCAGCAAAGCACGGUCCCGUGGGACUGGUGCACGUGGAUGCUCACACCGACACCGGAGACACAGCUCUGGGGGAGAAGAUCUACCACGGGACCCCGUUCCGGCGCUGCGUGGAGGAAAAGCUGCUGGACUGCAGCCGCGUGGUCCAGAUCGGCAUCCGAGGCUCCUCCUACGAGCCCGACCCCUACCAGUACAGCCGGGAACAGGGUUUCCGGGUGGUGCCAGCUGAGGAGUGCUGGAUGAAGUCCCUGGAGCCUCUGAUGAGGGAGGUGAGGGCACAGAUGGGGGACAAACCAGUAUACAUCAGCUUUGACAUCGAUGGGAUAGACCCUGCGUACGCCCCGGGCACCGGGACCCCGGAGAUAGCUGGGCUCACACCUGCACAGGCUUUGGAGAUUAUUCGUGGCUGCAAAGGCCUGAACAUAGUGGGCUGUGACCUCGUGGAAGUCGCACCAAUGUAUGAUGUCUCUGGUAACACAGCCCUCCUGGGGGCAAACCUGCUGUUUGAGAUGCUGUGUGUUCUCCCAGGAGUGAAGACACUGUGAGGGCAGUUCCCACCUGCCCUGGGGCAACACUGCUCCAUGUGCUCAGCUGAGGCUUUCCAUGUCCCCUUUCCCUCAGCCAGCACAGGCUUUGCAGCA